AUGUUUGGCGGAAGAGUACAAAUGGAUACCCCUGUUCCUCCCACGUGGGCUAUACUCAAUGUUUAUAGAUGGCGCUCAGCUGACCGCCGAGUCGGGAAGCAAAUCGAUAGCGGCGCGCAGUCGCAUGCUGGCCGCACGCCCGGCGCGACGGUAGCUUGUUUGGGUCGCUUAGGUUCUCCUUUAGAGCAUUGCCAAGAUGAUAUCUUUACACCGUACUAUUUUGUAAGUAUUGAAAGCGACAUUAAUGCCUGAGAAGCAUGCCAUGGGGCAAUACGAUGUGGAAGUCGCCAUCCGGCUCUCAGUGUUUUGCAUCGAUUACUGGGCCCUUUGGAAGAGACACAGCAACAAUCGCAGAGAGCAUAUCAUGAAGUUACAGGAGAUGUUCUUUGCCCUAAUAUGAUUAGAGGCAUUGAUCAUCUCCGUGAUCCACGACUGAACAAGGGCCUGGCUUUUACUUUGGCAGAAAGACAAAAGUUAGGUAUUCAUGGCCUAAUGCCUCCCAGAUUUAAAACUCAAGAAGAACAGUUAGAAUUGUGUCGCAUUAGUGUUGAAAGGUAUCAAGAAGAUCUGAACAAGUACUUAUAUCUUGUUGAAUUACAGGACCGCAAUGAGCGACUUUUCUUUAGGCUUUUAUCAGAAAAUGUGGAACAGAUGUUGCCAAUAGUGUAUACACCCACUGUGGGAUUGGCAUGUCAAAAAUUUGGUCUUAUCUAUCGACGACCUCGUGGACUUUUUAUUACAAUAAAUGAUGCAGGACAUGUAUUCAAUGUCAUAAGGAACUGGCCUGAAUCAGAUGUUCGAGCCAUUGUGGUUACUGAUGGAGAAAGAAUUCUUGGCUUGGGAGACUUGGGUGCAUGUGGUAUGGGUAUUCCUGUAGGCAAGUUGUCUUUGUACACUGCCUUGGCUGGGAUAAAGCCUCAUCAAUGUUUGCCAAUCACUUUGGAUGUUGGUACAAAUAACCAGGCCCUGUUAGAUGAUCCUUUGUAUGUUGGUUUGAGACAUAAAAGAAUUACAGGAGAGCGUUAUGAUAACUUUGUAGAUGAAUUUAUGGAAGCAGUUGUUAAACGUUAUGGUCAGAAUACACUCAUACAGUUUGAAGAUUUUGGUAAUCAUAAUGCAUUCCGUUUCCUGGAUAAAUAUCGUCACAGAUACUGCACUUUCAAUGAUGACAUUCAAGGCACAGCUUCUGUAGCUGUGGCUGGACUGCUUGCAUCUCGACGUCUUACCAAUAAGAAGCUUUCUGAAAAUACAAUUUUGUUCCUUGGAGCUGGAGAGGCAGCUAUAGGAAUUGCUGACUUGUGCGUAAAGGCCAUGGAAACUGAAGGAAUAUCGUUGGAGGAUGCUCGAAAUAAAAUAUGGAUGAUGGAUAUCGAUGGAUUAUUGGCGAAAGGCAGACCAGAAGGACAUUUGGAAGGACACAAGGCAUAUUAUGCUAAGGAUCAUGGAGUUGUAAAAAAUCUUCAUGCUAUUGUGAAGGAAAUCAAACCAUCUAUCAUGAUUGGAGCCUCAGCAGUUCGUGGUGCUUUUACUCCAGAGAUUCUCAGAGACAUGGCCAGCUUCAAUGAGAGACCCAUCAUUUUUGCAUUAAGUAAUCCCACAAGCAAAGCUGAAUGCACUGCAGAAGAGGCAUAUGAACACACUGAUGGUCGAGUCAUCUUUGCUAGUGGUUCUCCAUUUCCCCCUGUUACUGUGAGGGGCAAGACAUUUUAUCCUGGUCAAGGAAACAAUGCAUACAUAUUCCCUGGUGUUGCAUUGGGUGUAAUUGUGACUGGAAUUCACCACAUUGAAGAACAGUUAUUUCUCAUUGCUGCUCAGAAUGUAGCAGAUCAUGUUACUGAUGAAAAUCUUCAACAAGGAAGACUGUAUCCACCACUAAGCAUGAUCAAAGAGUGUUCAAUAUCUAUCGCUACACAAAUUGCUGAAUAUGCCUACAAACAUGGUUUGGCUUCAGUGUAUCCUGAACCCGAAGAUAAACGAGCUGUUGUUGAAUCUGCCAUGUACAAUUUUAACUAUGAAAGUGCUAUGCCAGAUGACUACCCAUGGCCAGAAGCAUCUCUGGAUAGUCUUCCCUCAGUUGAAAAAAUGAAGAGGCCUCCUAAGGCAAGAAGUAUAGAGCUUCAAUAAGACCUUCAUUACUUGAAUUGAUGGGUCAAAAUAUGCUACUGAUAAGAUAUUUGAAGUCUCCGUACAAGUACUCUGAACAAAUUAUCUGGUAUUUGAAGGCAGUCUUUGUUGGAAAAUAAUGUGGAUUCCAGAAGUGGUAAAAAGUACAUGGAAGUUGGAAUUGAAGAAUGUUAGUUGAUGUCAGGGGACUGUGUUUUGAAGGUAGUAUCAAAAUAAAAUGGUACAAAUUUUGAAAAGUUAUUUUAUUUGAUUAAUUUAAUCUGGGGAAGAGCAAUUUCUAAUCAGUAUUUCACAAUUUACUUUGCACAUUUAAAAUAAGAGUUCUUAAUAUGAUUGUGAGGAAGAAUAUUACAGUAUUAAAGUGCAUAUAUUGGGAAAUUAAGGUGGCUCUUUGAAUUAUAGUGAUGGUCAUCCAUCAUUAUAUCGCUCCAAUCAAUGUUAAUGUGAGAGUGUAUUACUGAGGAGUCUGCAUUUUAUUGUCCAAGAGACUGCGUUCACGAAUGACUCAUGUUAGCAUCUGCAUUAAAGCACUAGCUUUUAUUUUUACAAUUAUGUUGAUGAAAGGCAUGGAAUAUUUGUAUCUUUCAAUUUAAUUUUAAUGAAAAAAAAGUGAACGAUUUGAUUAGUAUUAUAAAAUAUUUUGAGCACAUGCAUAUAGGAAAACAUUUGGACUGCUGGGAAGUUCAUUUUAAUGAAAUGUAUAAAGUUGUUGCAUUUAUGUAAUGUUUACUGGAGGUAUUAUGCAGAUGACUUUUGAUAAUUGCAAUCCUCAAGAAACUAUGAACAAGUGCAACUUAUGAAAUGUUUUCUUAAUCUGAUUCUCAUUGUAUUGUUUGCAAAAAAUUAAGUUAAAAGGUCUUGAUUCUCACCAUUGUUAAUACUUGGUAUUGUAAAUAUAUCUCUAAUAGAAUUUGUCCAAAGUUAGUUAGAUUUUCUGCCAAUUUCUUAUUUUUAGCCAGAAUCAUCAGAAGUGUCAGUUGUGAUCAUUAAGCAAUUUCAAUGUGUUUAUAAGUCAAAGAAAAAUUAUGUUAUCAUUAUUGCCAAUUGCCUACACUUUUUGGUUUUCGUAAGAGAUUAAUUUAAUGGUAUUAAUGGAUUUGAUGGUACAGAGUGAAAUGUAUUUUGGCUAUGGUAUUUUAUUUCUUCAACCAACCAUACUCCUUGAGCUUCUAAGAAAAUAAUAAUUUAUUUAUAAAGCCAAUUAAAUAGAUUCUGUUUGUAAUGCUAUCAGAUUAUGCAAUUACUAUUUUUAAAACUUAGCAUUUGUGGCGUUCUCCCUGCUUUUGUAAUUUGAAAUUAAGAAGGAAGUUGUGUAUGUUAUGUAACUUUAAAAAAUUGAAAAAGCCAGUUUAUUUUCAUUUUUGUGUAUUUUUUAAAAAUAUUUCAUUUGUAACUUUAAUUAUUUGUGGAAUUAAUUAUCAAACAAUUAAAAUUAAACAUUUGUCUCAUUUUCAUUAGAAUAUUAUGCAAUACCAAUGCCUCUUAUCUGUGGUGUUAAUUACACCCUUUUAUUUCUCUAUUAUGUUCUUGUUUAUUUUGAAUUUGAAUAUUUUUUGUUCGAAAUCAAAAUUUUAAGGGUGUCCCGGCAAAGUAUGAGGAUUUUCUUUUCUGUAUGUGCCACAAGAAAUAAGAGGAAUGCUACUAAUUAGCAGAAGUCAUCUUGAGAUGUGAUAUCAUUUUUUAUUGAAUAUGUAUUCAAAAUUACAUUAUGUAUUGAAGUUGUUUGGAAAAGUAAGUUUGAGGUACUGAAGAUAGCAAUAACGUUCUUAUGUUAUAAGUUAUUUAAUUAAACAUACAGUAUUUAAAACCAAGUUCCAAAGUAUUACGGUAUUUCACUGAAAUUAUUACCAUAUGUUUUAUGGUACUAAAUGAAAUUUAAAAUUCAGAAACUCAGUAUUUUACAAUUUGAGGCACCAUAAGGUGGUUUUGUGUGUCUCCAGUUCUUUCUAAUAUUGUACUACUCUGAAUCACUUGACUUGAAUCAAGUGUUAGAAACAGAAUACUCCUCUUAUGUGUUUGGUGCAUUUUAUGUUUUUAGGACUUGUCUGCGGUCAAUGUGUAUUAAUGUAUAACUAAAUUGUAUGAUAUUUUAGCAAUAACGUAAAUAUUUAUGAUUCAUUGAGUUAUCUGUUCUGUUUAAGGGAAUGAAUAUUACUGAAUAACUCUGCACAUUUUGUUAGGUUUAUGUAAUAUGAAUUCUUUGUGAAUUUAUUUUCUGAAAAUGUGACAGAAGUAAAAACAUAUGUUUUGUGAUUUUAGAUAAAUCAAAAAACUUUGGUGAACAAGAUUCUGCAAUGUUGAAAUAAUAUUUUAUGAAAGAGUAUAUUCUGUGGGUUUUCAGAAGUAAUGUCUCACAUGUGAACAGAAUGGUUAAUUUGUUUAGGAGUACUGUUUGAUUUUAUGAUUCUUGACUGUAUUGUGUGACAUAAUAUGGUAUAAAAGAAUUCCUGUAAUUCACUUAAUGUGAAGUAGGAAUGAGAUAUAUUGAUUUUAAAUAUAGCUGUUAUAGUGUAGUAAGCAAUAGAAUUAUAAAUCAGUGACAGACUUAAUAUAUGUUGUGAUUUGUUGUGAAAAUUAUAAAAUUAAUAUGAAGAAUGAAGAAAACAUGAUCCUCCAGAAACAAUAAAUAAUUUAAUAGUAGAUAUUUAUUAAUGUGUUGGAAUGAAUCUUAAAUAAUGAAAUAAAAUGUGCCCAAUUUAUUGAUCCGCUUGAGAAAGCCAACUCUGCUUGAAAGUUCCUUAUGAAGAAAGCAAAGUGCCAGUCGUCUAGUCUUUUGACAAAUUUGAUGCUUUCUUUUGUGUUUCAUAUUUGUGUUUACAUAAAUAUUGCACUUUCCCUUUUUGUAGGAAUCUGCUGUACCCUACUGAACUGUAAAAUAUGAAUUGUACAGUGCAAUACACAUUGGAAGUAAAUUAAAAAAUUUUUGCAAGAUCUGAGAUAAAGAAUGGAAGAUCUGUGGGCUCAAGGAGGUCAUUUGGGAGAGAAGUUAUACAUUGACUGUAACUAAUAUGAAAUAUUUAUUGUGAAAAAGGAAUUAAGAUGCAGAAUAAGAAAUCGUAUAAAUGAUAAUGGUACAAAAUUCAUAUUAUAUUCAGUAUCAUAAAUGAAAAUUCAUGAAAGUAAUUUCAUAUAUGUCUUAAAGACCUAGCAAUAUAUAUUUGGAAUUAGUUUUUAGAGCUGUGAGGAUAAAGCUCUAAAAGUUAAUUCUUACCAAGAAAGGUGCAGGAAGAAUGACCAUUCUUCUAUUCUGUAUAAUUGUCAUGCAUUGUUAUGUGUGAUGAAAUGUAUGUAUGAAAAUGUCUGUAGUAUAAAUGUUACAUAGAAUCAUUUUUAUCUAGUGUUUCACUGACAGGAGCCUGUACUUAACACAUGUAUUCUUUUCACUCAGAAAUGAAAUAUGUUACCAUAAAUUGUUUUCCUAAUUCAAUUGUUUGUGGUGUUACCUACAUGAUAAAUUUGAUUACCUUACCCUUUGUUCAUGAGCAAACUUAAAUCAAAUACAUUCAUGUAAGGAAAAGUGUUGAAGAUCAUAUGAAGUAGGUCUUGCUUCAAAAGUGUUUGGUGGAAAGUUCAUGAUGUAGGGUAAAGGUUACGAAUUUUUCAGUUAAAACGUAAUUUUACAGCACAAAAUGCCUGUUAAGAUAAUGCCACAUAUUGUUUUAUAGGCAAUGUAUCUUAAUCUCAGCAGUGUAUCCGCUCUGUGUCAUGUUGAGAGAUUCUCAGAACCUAAUAUUGUCUUGAUAUUUGUUCAAAGAUUUACAAGCCAUUUGUUUGGAAAAACUGGGACUGCCCUAGAAACUGUUUUAUGUUGUGGUUUUGUAAUUUAGAAAACGUUUUCUGAAGAAAAUUUGAAACUUAAUUGGGAAUAUAAUUUUGUUUGGA